CUCUUCCUGAUCACCGCUGCCACACUUGUUUGGCAUUGUGGGACUGGGAUGAGCGCUUUCCCACCAAACUUUCGGCGCAUCGCCGCCGGCGUAGAGCGUGGCUCUUUCAGCGACAUUGCCGCGGCCAUCUUGCGCGUCAGAACGAGACUCGUGCCUCUCACUCCUGCAGUCGUCAACUUGUUUCUUGCACCAUUCAAGAGCCCCCCUCCCGGGCCCACCCACCUCCUCUCGACACUGACUCUCGUGACCGCAUACUUGGAUGGUCUCAAAAUCUGCCUAGACAUCGCACAUGACCGCCGAAACACCGCCGCUGACGCAGAGAUCGCGGGAUAUUGGGAAAUUCUUUGUCGAUGGCUGUCCGCUAUAGAGCUUGCUGCGGCCGAAAGACUGGAGGAAACGGACGACGUAGCCGAAUGGUUUCGAGUGGCUCAAGCGGUCAAGGGAUUCAUCCAUGCUGCUGCUGCGCACCACCCUGGAUUUCAAUCGGCCUUGCAAGACCGUGCUACUCUGGAGACGAUCAUGACUUGUCUGGCCGGCAUCUUUGUCGUGGAAGGCGAGCACCAGAUCCAGCAUAAACCGGGAGAAGGCACGGCUCCAGCAGCGCUAUAUGCAGUACUUGCGCAGACAUUGUUCCACGGAGGGCGCCCUGAACGGGCCGUGCAGCCGAAUUCCCUCGCCAUCGAGGUAUUUUCCAGUAACUUUCCCGACAAGGCGUACCUCGCACAGCUUAUGCUUCGUCAUCUUGACCUCGCACGCAAGGCCGACAAGGGCGUGUCUCAUCCAAUGCACAUCCUCGGUACUCUCAACUUCGUCAUUGCGACUAUUGUCGAUAUUCCCAACGUAUCGCGACCACUCGUCCUCCAGUACCCGAUGCGCCAUAUUGUCGCUCUGCUCAAAUGGGCCGCCAAGUCACGGCACUCCCGUGCUGAGCUUGCCCAUGUUGUUUCGAUGAGUUUCGGCUAUAUAUCAUCCAGCAUGCGCGCCACAAAUGGCUAUGGCUGGAUUCGUCACUGUCUCCGCGCAGGAAUCCUGGUGUCCAUUCUCGAAUGCAGCAAGUUUUACACCGAGCGGUCCGCAGACCACAUCGAGCCUGUCAGCAUAGUGCUGGAAGCAAUCACUGUCUUUCUGACAUACCGUUCGGUUGUCCGCCAGGCGAAGAAGUCGAUUCAAGAGGUGGCUGCUCGAUUCGAUGUGCGGAACCCCCCGCUAGAUGGCAAGCUCCGUUCUGAAUGGGCCGAACUCAUACGUAUUCUGGACGAGCGGGUAGUGCUAAAGGAAAACCACGAUCUGAACAAUCGCAAUCAUUGCCAGGCGAUCAGGUGUACAACUGUUCGGCCAGAUCUUAGAGCCUGCGGCUCAUGCCGAGUUGUUAAGUAUUGUUCAAAGAGGUGUCAAGAAGAGCAUUGGGCCAAGCAUAAACACCACUGCGCUGACAUGUUUCGCCUGCAUGACCUCGGUGCUGAGAGGAUGACUCACCAAAUUGCCUGUAACGAAGACCGCCGCUUCUUCGAACAGGUUGCCAACCACGACCUUCGUGCGAUCAGGCAGAAUCUCAUCCAUCAGCGGGCCCGGCUUCUCGCGCACAUUCCCCGUAAUCAGCGUCUCCCGUGCUUCGUCAAGCUCGACUAUCUCCAUCACCCGCUCAAGUACGAAGUCAGGAUGAUAACCCCGGAGGAGCCCCUGAGGGAUCCAUCGGUAACCGUCGAGUUGGCGAACAAAGCGCGCAGUUCAUCGGUGCCAUGGACAUACAUCGAGAUCGCCAUGCCUCAUGGGAGAGGUGCUCAUGACCAUUUUGCAUGGCUGGAUGGGCUAGGGAACUGGGAUUAA